AUGUCUAAGACUGCCACGCUGCUGUUUGCUCAUGGCGGUGGCUUCUGCAAAGAAACCUGGGAGCCUAUUAUGCGUCGCUUAAAGAACUCCCCUUUACUGCAGACUGUCAACACGCAGUUUGAGAGCUUCGACUUCAAGUACCAUGGCAGCAAUCGUGACGAGUCGAUGGAGGCCAAAAUCGACCUGGACAACCCCGCGGGACCGAGAGUGCACCACCCAGCUUCCGAUCUAACCGCGUGGACGUCUGCAGAGGUGCUGCAGCACGCUCGUACUUUGAAGAGCAAGAGUGUUGACACCCCUUUGAUCGGAAUUGGUCACUCCAUGGGCGCUUCAGCGAUGUGGAACACCGAGGCGCAGUAUCCUGGAACCUUCGACGGCCUCAUCUUGUUCGAGCCAGUAUAUGGCAAUUUGAACUCCGAUGCUGUCACCACUUUCCUCGUGUCUAUCACAUUGCAACGCGAGUCAUCAUGGCCCUCGCGAGCGGCGGCGGAGGAGCAUCUGCGUAAUUUUAAGAACUUUGCGGCAUGGGACCGCGAAUCACUGGAAGCCUACAUGAAAGGGGCCGUCGUGGAGGAAGAGAAGACAGGAAAGACUGUGCUGGCAUGCAGUACGCCCAUCGAGGCCUCCCUGUACUGCCACAAGCUCCUGCACAUGAACGACCAGCAGCUCGCAAGACCCAAGUGCCAGAUUUUCUUCCACUACGGCAGUCGCACCAAAAUGUUCUUGCCUCCGAUCUUCCAGGAGCUCAGUGACAAGUGGCCAAACAUCUACAGGCUAGAGAAACCGAUUGCCAACUCGUCACACGCGAUGGUCCUGGAGAAACCGGCCGAGUCCGCACAACUCAUUUUGGACAACCUGCAACAGCUCGAACCUUUCAGCGAGGAGCUCCAACCCAACGUCGCUAGUGCGUCUCGACUGUAG